CAAACCCCGGGCCGCAGCAGACGACUCUCAGUUACUGCGCGGCCGGGGAGGAGUGAGGACACACCCUUCUCAGCGUUCCAUCCUUGACUGAAUUUAACGCAUCCAAACCUCUUUGUGGCGUUCUAGGGAAAAGAAUUAAGCAAGAUUGUUUCGUUGAACUGCGCCAAGAGGUUUUGAUUAUUUUAGUGUGCUGAGUCGGAGUUUUUAUUUUCGAAUUUUAUGCAUUAUUGAUUGUCGAUGUUAUAUUGAUCGUAUUGUCUACUAUUUCGCCACUCAAACAAAUUCCAGGAAAGAGGAGGAAGUCAGUAAAUUAAAUCUUCGAGGAUGGUGGAGUCGUGGGAGUACCCCGAGGCCCAGGGGCUGUACGACCCCAGCUACGAGUCGGCUGCCUGCGGCGUGGGGUUCAUCGUCAACAUCGAGGGCGUCGCGUCGGCCAAGAUCAUCCGCGAUGCCGAGAAGCUGGCAUCGCGCAUGAAGCAUCGCGGCGCCUGCUCCUGCGACAACGACACCGGCGACGGGGCGGGUCUCCUGGCCGCGAUCCCGCACUCCUUCUACAAGGCCAUCCUGCAGAGCGAGCACGACGUGGAACUGCCCGAGCCCGGACGCUACGCCACCGGGAUCUUCUUCGUGGACAAAACCCACCACCAGGAGAGUGAGGAGCUCUUCGCCGACUUGGCCGCGUCUCAUGGCCUCAAGGUAAGGGAAGAGGGAGAUAAUGUAAGGAAAGAGGGGAGGAGAGGGAAGGGAGAAGGGACUUGGAAGUGUUCCAUAGCCUCAAGGGGAGAUAAAGUGCAGGAAAUUGAUGCUCUAGCUGUCAAUUUGGAAAAUUCGCUAAAUUUGGCAGUCGCGUCUGAUGGAAUCCCUUUCAAUCCUUUAUCUAUAAGCUGA